GUUGUACAGGAGGAUCCUCCGAAUCCGAUUUUGAAAACGGAUCACGAAUUCAUUUCUACUUUCCUUUAACCCCUUAUCGUGUAAUGUUCUAUAGAACUUCUAAUUACUAUUUAUGAGCUUUCUCAAAAAUUUGUUCUCGAAUUAAGGACUAAUUUUUUAAUUAGGUGAAAGUUCGUACAUCAUUUUUAUGUUUUAAUAUGAAAAAAAGUGUUUGGAUUUUGUGUAAUAAAAACUUGCGCGAGUGAAGAAAUACAGUUACAUUAAUGAAGGAGCAAAUAAAAUGUUCAAGACGAGCAACUGACAGGAUAUCGAUGGUUUGCCGCGAAUUGUUCAAUGACUCGGGACGAUUGUUGGCACAGUGUAGAAAAUGUUAGGAUGUCCGGUGCAGCAGGAUUCAAGCCAUCCGCGGUGCUUCCUAGAAACGACAACGGCGCGAAGCCGAAAAGCAAGAUUUCGAAGUUGUCGUCACCCAAGUCUUUGAUCCCGCCUUUAGCCGCGAGUUCGCCGAAAAAAUCACAAGAACCGAACGCACGCUCACUUUCCUCGAGUCCCGCCAAGUCUCACUCGUCUGUUUCGUCGACGUCCCCGCGUCGAACGUCUCUGAGCGUUGACUCGAUGAAAAAGUCAAGAAAAUAUUCUCAGUACGAGGACCGACAGCAGGCGCUGCAUCAAAACUGCGCGAGAACAUCCCCGAAACGGUCCCCGAGGAGAUACAUAACGUCUUACGAAGAAGAUUACUCGCAGGACGAAAUGGGCCUGAGUCUCCGUAUACCUUCGACGGGUGGAGGUGGCGAGUCGGAGAUGUCGUUUUUGGAAUUCGAGUCGCUUUACACGUUGGAAAAGGAGUUAAUGCAAUCGCGGCAGGAUGUGGGUCAAACGGACGAUAAGUGCAUUUUUGGCGGUUGGCUUGGCAGGCGCGGGGUUUACACAGAGUUACCGGAUCCGUUUUACCAGCAACCCGUCGUUCCGACAGCCGCAGCAUCACAGAUUCCGAUGGAAGGAUUCAGCUUCGCACCUGGGUGGUCGUUAAACGUCGAGCAUUUUUAUCAAUGGCAGCAUCGGGGGAAGAGUACGCAGCAGAUCUACACCGAUUGGGCGAAUUAUUAUUUGGAGAGAGGUGGUUGCAAAAGAAGAGUGACGGACCUGCAGACGGAUCUCUGCGACGGUGUUCUUCUCGCCGACCUGGUCGAAGCUGUCACGAACCAAAAGGUGAUUGACGUCAAUAGAAAGCCGAAGAACGCUCAACAAAUGGUCGAGAACGUCAGCCUCUGCGUAGGAGCGCUCCGGGCUCUCGGAGCAGACGUGGGAUCCGUGAACCCUAGCGAACUGGCAGCAGGAUCAACCCUCUGGCCGGUCCUUGCCCUUCUCUUCGCCCUCUCACGAUACAAGCAGAGAGCCAAGCAGCUGCAAGACAUGCCAAGAUUGCCAUCGCCGUACAACAAGCAGUCGGCAGUCGGAGGUGCAGGUGGCUGUCCCGGUGUUGGGACGAGUAUACCCUUACCUGCCACCGUAGCUGCCACUAGAAGAUGUCCACCGGAUAAAAUUAGGCCAGCUCCGACGCCGACGCAUCAGUCACAGCUUGGUGGCUUGAAACAGGGUAACGGUAUAGGUAGCGCGAGUAGUUCCAGAAGCACGAGCCCGAGUCAGCAACAGUCGGCGCAGUCCGGGCUCUCCUUCAUCCCUCAGCCGAGAAAUCAGAGUUCAACAAACAGGCAACCCGCAGCUACCACGCCAAGCCCUCGGACGUCGACGGUAGGCAAACCCAGUAGCGUGAGGUCUGCUCAACCUUCCCCAUAUACCGCGCCGGGAGCGCCCGCACAGCAAAAUAAAAAUUCUGUCCUGGACAAGUUCAAGCUCUUCAACAACAAAGAGAAAAACCAAGACCGCGGGAAAGCAUCGUCGGGUGUGUCGAAGCGUACAUCGAGUUCUUCCGGCUUUUCGUCCGCCAGGUCAGAACAUUCGGACAGUUCGACAUCUCUAUGCGAUCAGAGCAAGCAGCUGCAACUAGAGUCGCCGAAGAGUCGAGCACUGAAGUCAAAGUUGCAGUCGACUAAAGCGGCGAAACAAGCGAGCCCGAAGACCGUGAGGAAGGAGCAGAGCAAAGCUCAGAGCAAAAUCGCGAGAACGAAAGGUGUGCCCGAUAAACUAGGCAGCUAUAAUCCACCUCUGGAAGAUGUCAAGGCUAGUAAAAUCGGUGGCGUGGGCACUAAGCUGGCCAUGGAUAAGAAGUCUUCCAAUUUCCACGAUCUAUUGAAACAACAACCGAGCAGCCAAUUGCAAAAAUUGAAUCCUUCGAUGUUGGUCCCCGCCAAGCAAAUCACCCCGCAGGACACGAAGAACUUCGGCAGUUUGAAGAACGAUACGUCGAAGCAAUCGUCGAGACCGAAGAUGGAAUUACCAGCUAAGAUACCGGACGCGAAGAUCCACUUGCAAAAUAUGAAAGCUCCACCGAACGGAUUAAACAAAGAUGUUUUGGUGCAAAAGGGAUUAAUGAACAAUGCGAACGGAAUGAUUAAGCAGCCCGAGGAGAUGAUGACCGAUGAAAAUAGUCUGUCGAUCGAUCACACAUUGACGAUGAAUCAGGCGAAUCUGUGCGACCAGAAGAUGGACAAGCAUAAACAGAUAAGCGAGACCGUGUUAAGGAAUAACCAGUCGGAAUCGAUGGAAAAUGCGAACAGUCCAUCGAAGCAGCGAGACGCAAGCUUGUCGGCGAAAGCCAGAGUUUCGAACGAGGUGCAAGAUUCGGAACGCGCGCACGAGAGGCAAAUACCUAAUUCUCCUCGCAACAAUCCGGAAUCAACGACGGACGAGAAACUGGCGGACGUACAUGAGGGACCAACAACGCACCCCGUAACGAAUCACUCGGUUCCUUCCCAAGUUUCCAACUUGAACUUUGGAGCGAACAAGCAACCGCCGAUCCUGAACAGUCCUCUGCAGGGCUCGGGUUUGAACGGUUCCGGGAGCCCGGGUUCCAGCAUUCCGAAGCCCACGGCCUUGGUGAAAGGCACCUCGAAACCGCCGAAGGAAAACGGCAUGCCGGGCGCACCGACGCCCACGAAAUUGAAGGCAGACGCUUUGCAUCGUAAGCUAGAUCCGAACACGGUCGCGAUGGUGUCACCGAUGCCGAGCAUCUCGGAUUUGAUGUCUGAGAGUUCCCAUAGCAAUUCGAAUAGCACGGGCCAGAGCAACUCGAGCGACAGCAGCGUAAUUUAUAGGCCCAGCAGCGAAAGCGGUAGCGAGAUCAAAACUAUACCCAAUAGAAAAAUUGACACAACAUUCGAACAAAUGGAAAAGGUUCUCUCGGAAAGUUCAACCUGUGGCGGUUCGAUGGGCGACGACGAGGCCGAGAUGACGGUAAAGCCGAUGCAGCCUCUGCUUCGCGGUUACACGCCGGGCGCGAGGGCUCUUCAAACCCUGCCGAGUAGAACGACCGCGCGACAGUACACGAUUCUUCAUUCCUCGUCCCAUCAUCAUGUCGGUCACGAUUACGCGGACAUCGACGUCACCUCUGGUUACCUAAGCGAUGGUGAGGUACUUCGCGGUGGUAUGACCGUCGGAAGUCGAACCCUGUCCGACCUCUGCGAUGGUUACAUGUCCGAGGGCGGUGCAUCGCUGUACGCGCGCAGAAUAAAUCCGUCUUAUGGCCACGACCACGAAAGAUACGUGGGUGGUUCGAGGCGAGAGUUGUCAGGGGUGAAGGAACUGGUGACCUCGAGGAGGGUGCAGAAAAGACCCUCGGCGAACGUGGUAAGGUCGGAUGGAGGUUGCAUCGGGGGUAGUCCAGGAAGCGGGCUGCUAGGCGGUUGCAGCGGCGGCAGCGACGCCUUAGCAGAGUUAACCAUCGAGGACCUGGCAUCUAUUCCCGCCGGAAAUCACACCACCGCCAAUCACACGGGCCAUUCCUCUCAUCACAAGAGAGUGCCGGGUGGUGGAGGCGUGAUCGUGGGGGGUGGCGGUAAUUCGGCCACCCCCCAAGGUGCGCAGCAGAGCAGCAACCUGGUGUACCGAGUGGUGAGCUCCAGGCACCCUGGCCAUCAUCCCCACGUGAAAAAAUCGGACAGCUCGCAGCAAACGGAGAACUCGGCGUUCAAACACCAACAGCAGUCCGGCUCGAACAGCUCGGCGAACAGCAGCUCGAACAGUCAGCAAUGGAAGAAAUAUAUCGAGGCCGGAGCAGCGAGGGACCGGGAGAGAGACAAGGAGGGCGCACCCCCGAGUCCUAGUCCCUCCAGGCGAUCGCAGGAUAAACAUCGAAAACAGGCCAUGGCUGAGUAUGCAAACGGAGAAAAACCACAAAAAGUUUCAUCGGGAACAUCGACGAGCGGCAGCAGCAAAGUUAGGGGUGUACCUCAGAGUUUCGGAUACGUUAAGAGACACAGUGCUGGUACCAGUCCAAGUCCUAACGGUGUGCAAAAUGGGAAAGAUUCUGCACGGACUGCUCAAGUUAGCGCGGUUCCAAGGACGAAGGUCAAAGUGUCCGGUGGCACGCAGACUUGUACCACCGAACUUCAAGCUAACUCUUCAUCGUCAAAUCAAGGACAUCACUACAAGAGUUACAGCCUUACGGGGCCGAGCGCCAGCCAACUUUCUCAGUCAGUGCGGGAUCGACUCAUGCUUGGAUCGCAGAGCUUACCGAAACCCGGUAGCCCAGAAUUUACGGCGCUAUUUGCAUCUGCCCACCACCGCGAGAGAGGAUCCGGCGCGGGUCCGACGACCGCUUCCUUCUCGCCACGGGUGCUCAAGCCAUCCGACGGAAGUCUCAGUGAUACAUGCAGCAAUUAUGCAGCGCCUGACCUUCAGGGGUAUUACACGCCCAACAGUCCGUAUACCACAUCCUGGAUGAGACACAGCAAUACUUACACGCCAAGUGGUCGUUCUCAAGGAAUGGGCUUGUGCGAAGCCGACAGCGUGGAGUCAUUGGGCUCGCAUCGCGCAAGUUUGACUCACGCUCGUCUGUUGAUACAUCAAAGAGAUUCGACAGGAUCACCGGCCCCGCCGAGGCUCAACAGAAGCAACUCCAUUAGCCAUCUGCGGGACAGGACAUUCCCAAGAUCCACGAAAAGCGAAAAAAUGUAUCCAUCGAUGUUAGCUAGAGGAAGUGGAGCAUCGUCCUCCGUCGGUGAGGAAGUUGGAGUCGGGGUAGGAAUGGGCGUGGGCGUCGAACCGUAUUACAGUGUACCCGUAGGAUCUACCGGGUGUACGGGGCAACACUGGUCGCAACCGACAUCUCCUACACCCACGCACGCUUCGCGCCAGCCGCCUAAUCUUUACCAGCAUGUGCACAAGGAUGACGAUAUCCAUGGCUCUUCUGUAUCUUUGGUAUCGACAGCGAGCAGUCUGUAUAGCUCGGCUGAGGAGAAGCAGGCGCACGAGCUGAGGAAAUUGCGGCGGGAGCUUGUGGACGCUCAGGAGAAAGUCCACUCGUUGACCAGCCAGCUAUCGACAAACGCUCACGUGGUGUCAGCUUUCGAGCAAUCUCUAUCCAACAUGACACAACGUUUGCAGCAACUCACCGCAACAGCCGAGAAGAAGGAUUCCGAGCUUCAGGAAUUGCGAGAAACGAUCGAGAGGCUUCGGAAACAAAGCGCGGAGGCCGGUUUGAACAAUGGGCCGGCUAAUAACGGCCGUCGUCACACCCUUGGCGACUCUGACUCCGGAACCACUGGUUGCACCGGGAACAGCAGCCACCAGGGUCCCUCUAUGGCGAGACAACUAUCAGCGGACAGCGUCACGUCGUUGAAUUCGUUGAGCAGCGCUUGUUCAGCCAGCAGUCAUCACAAGAAGAAAGGCUGGCUUCGUAGCUCAUUCUCGAAAGCGUUCUCCAGGUCGCGGAAGAACAGACAUGGUUCCGUUUCCGACGCCGAGGACUGCAAAGAGACCACCGGUGGAGAUUUAAGCGCGCCGAACAGCCCGCGAUUACCGAACGCCUCUAAACACGAUUCUCCUCGGGGUCAAGGUGCUAGAAGCAACGGGCAGAAAUCGCCCGAAGUCGAGAAUCCCUUGACUGGAAGCAAGAGCAGCUCAGCACUGUACAAAAAGGAGGACGAAGAUGUCGUGGAGUUGAAGAAGCAGCUGAGGGAAAAGGAUCUAGUGUUGACGGACAUCAGGCUCGAAGCUCUGUCCUCGGCGCAUCAGCUGGAGUCAUUGAAAGACACUGUUAUUAAGAUGAGGAACGAAAUGCUGAAUUUGAAACAAAAUAACGAACGUCUACAGAGAUUAGUGACAUCAAAGUCUUUAACUUCUUCGCAAUCCUCGCUGCCCAGUGAUCCGGACAGACGUUUCAGUAUGACAGAAGUGGCGUCCACCGUUGCCGCGCUGGCGAACGGCGAUGCGAGUACAACAGCGGACCAGCUAGAAGACUUGAACGUGCCGGAACAUUCUGUCGUAUCGUCAACGACGACGACUACCGGAGAACCGGCUAUGGAACAAGACACCGAUGGGAAAAGAAUCAAUGUCGCUAUUUAUCUAGGCAACGAGAAAAAUUUCAACUAUAAUCUUGUAAAUGGAAGUACUUCCGAUGGUAGCAUCGGUGAACCGCCACAUUGUGUAAUUGCCAGCGUCUGCAUCAGCAACAAAACCACGUGGGACUCCCUCGAUUCCACUGUUAGACGUUGCUUCAAGGAAUACGUCUCGAGAGUUGAUCCUGUGACGAAUUUGGGACUAGGAGUCGAAUGUGUCGCCGCUUAUCACCUUGGUGAAUCUUCUAGAUGCAUCACGGAUUCUCAGCAUCCGGAGUUGCUUCCCUGCGGUUAUCUGAUCGGUCAUGUGAAGACUAUUUACUUGGUGCUUUCCGGCUACUCGUGGCUGGCGGUGGACACUUUAAUUCCGCGAUCGAUCGUGCAACGAUUGAUAUCUCUGUUGACCGAGCAUCGCAGGGUCAUUCUGUGCGGACCCAGUGGUACUGGCAAGAGCUAUUUAGCCGGAAAAUUAGCUCACGCUCUGGUCGAUGCCGACAACGAUACGAAAGAUGCGACGGCGGUGGCCACGUUCAACGUGGAUCACAAAUCUAGCAAAGAACUCAGACAAUAUCUAGCGCACAUCGCCGAGAGAUGCGACUCGAACGCAGCCGACGAACUACCAAGAGUGAUCAUUCUUGAGAAUUUACAACACGCUGCUUCUUUGGGAGAAUUGUUCAGUGGUUUACUCGGUACCAAACAUUCGUCUUGUCCUGCCAUUAUCGGUACCAUGAGCCAGGCCACGUGCAGCACCACAAACCUCCAGUUACAUCAUAAUUUUAGGUGGGUGCUGUGCGCUAAUCAUAUGGAACCAGUUAAAGGAUUCUUAGGCCGCUAUCUAAGACGGAAACUAUUGGAGCACGAGUUACGCGAGAGCGGUGGAACUAGAAAUGCGGAAAUGGCUGCAGUCGUCGAGUGGUUACCCCGAGUUUGGCUACAUCUCAAUAAGUUCCUAGAAACCCAUAGUAGCUCCGACGUGACUAUAGGACCGCGUCUGUUUCUAUCUUGCCCGAUGGAAGUAACUGGUUCUCAAGUAUGGUUCACGGAUUUGUGGAACUAUUCCGUGGUGCCGUAUCUUGUGGAGGCAGUCAGAGAGGGAUUGACGCUUUACGGUAGACGCGUGAGCGGAAAUGGAAACGGCGAUUCCCCCUGGGAAGAUCCAACUCAAUUCAUCACGUCGAGUUAUCCCUGGAUUUCCACGCACGCGGUUCACGGUGGUAGUGAUGCUCUUCUUCGUUUACGGCCCGAGGACGUAGGCUACGAUGUUGUUACAUCUGGGCAUGCAUCCGGAGUUGGCGCAUCGAGUGUCAAGAGUCUUGGCAGUACGCACAGCGACAACGAAGGAGAUCCACUGCUGAACAUGCUAAUGAGACUACAGGAAGCAGCCAAUUAUUCAAGUCCUCACAGUAACGACAGUGACUCGAUAACUUCCCUCGACUCGUCACAUACGCGGCACUCCGAAGAUUUGAGUUCAUCGACAUCCUCUUCGAGAGGCGUAGAGUCGGCGCUUUAAUUAAAGGAUAUUACUGUCGUUAACGAAGAUGAGAUACAACUUCUAAAUGUGAACAUGUACGAGGUCAGUUUGUAACAUCCAGUUUGAAGAAUACUAAUAACGAUUCGUGCUCACUCGAGCGUGUACACCAGAGAGUUAUAAAAUUUGAAAGGAUAAAAUAUUGAAAGAAUCAAAAGUAAAUUUUUGAUACCUUUAGGAUUACGAAUCUUCUCUUUCUAACUUUUUACUGAUGAAGGAUAUCAAACUUUAUAACGAACGAUCGAACUCUAAGCGAAAACUGAGAUAUUUUGCAGUACCGCGUGCUACUAAACUCUUUAUAAAAAUAAUAAUACGUCCUCCCGUUUGUUCUUACAUAAAGUGAGCAGUGUGUGCGCUAUAGAAGAGAGAAGAAUCGUCGAGACAAAUUUUUUCAACGCCUACAGCUGGCCUAUAUUUAUUCUAGACUUUAUGUGCGUGAUGCACUUCGGUGUGAUAUGUAAUUAAUUAAGAAAUAAUUAGGCGAUAUUCUUCAUUGUUCUUUCGAUCAUAAAUGUACCGACGUAUUGGAACGCGUUUAAGUACGUCGUCACUCGAUGCAAUAAUCUACGCUGCCGUUAACGGAGUCUAUUUUAACAGAUAUACAUUUCUAUGAUCAAAUCAACAUACGAUUUAAAUGUAUAGUUCGACGCGAGCUCUUUACUCGGUAAAAUUUGGAUGGAAUAUACAGUAUUAUCAUAGGGCGUAAAACAAAAGAGCAAGACGAAAAGGAGGAGAGACAAAGGGCUUCGGACUGAGCCAAGAUUCCGGGAUCGAGGAACCACGAUUCCUCUCGUCCACUACUUUCAGGUAAUAGCUUAUCUUAUUCGAUAUGACACAGAUCUCAUGGACGAUCCGCUCAACGAAGCAUUGUUUCGCCUUCAGAAAUCCAGCGCAGUUUGAAGAGAAAGAGAAAGGGAGAGUGUACGUACUGAUGGGUGUGUGUGCAAAAAUAGUCUAUUUAUACAUACUUUGCUACGAAAGCUCUAUUUAAUUAUAAAAAAAAAUAUUAAUAUAAUAAUAUAUAUAUAUGUAUACACACACACACACAACCUAACGAUGAUGGCGCUAAAUGUAUGUUACGGAUAAAAGUUUAUAAUUAGCCAGUAAGAUACGUGAGUAAUUCUGGUCAUGUAACAUUGUAAAUACAAAACUUACGAAUGUAAUGUACGACGACGAUACAUUCGCAAAUUCGAUUCGAAAUACCCAGUGGUAGCCUGCGAGAUCUCAUUUGAUGACGAUACAUGUAAAGUGUAAAAAGAGAAUAAUGACGGGAAGGAAUUGAAUUCAUGAGGUGUGCAAUUUUACGAGAUUGCACGGUGCAUCGAUGGAGUGGUGAAAUGAGAGACGAUAAUACAGAGACUACACCGAAUAUACAUAUUGUACAUGUUCAAUAAAAAUUGCCGAAGCCGGUUUCAGAAUCGGUGAACACGUGAUGUUCUGAACACGAUGUGCAUAUAAUCUAAUGAAUAUACAGUCGCAUUUACAGGUUUUUUACGUUUGUACCGUAUUUAUAUGCUGUACGACGCUGCACUCGACCUUUAUUUAAAUAACGAUAAUUAUUGUGUCAUCAAAUAAAUCACAUAAAACUUUA